CUCUCUCUCUCUCUCUAGGUAACUAUGGUGAAAGUGGAAUGGCAGCUUUUAAAGAGAUGGCUCUGAAGGAAGGGAUCUGCAUCGCACACUCCGAUAAGAUCUGGAGUAAUGCAGGCGAACAGAGUUUUGACCGUUUGUUGGCGAAGCUGCGCAGCCGUCUGCCCAAGGCCCGUGUGGUGGUGUGUUUUUGUGAGGGCAUGACCGUCCGCGGAAUCCUUAUGGCCAUGAGACGUCAGAACCUCUCUGGGGAGUUCAUGCUCGUUGGCAGUGACGGAUGGGCGGAUCGUUACGACGUGACUGACGGGUAUGUGCGUGAGGCAGAAGGUGGGAUCACGAUCAAACUGCGCUCGGCCGACGUGAAGUGGUUCGACGAUUACUAUUUAAAAUUACGUCCUGACAACAACCUACGCAACCCGUGGUUCCCUGAGUUCUGGCAGCAUCGCUUUCAAUGCAGACUGAAGGGUCAUCUUCAGGAAAACCCUAACUACAACCGGACCUGUAGCAAGCUGGAUUCACUGAGGCAGCAGUAUGCCCAGGACACUAAGAUGGGUUUUGUAAUAAAUGCGAUCUACAGCAUGGCUUACGGGCUUCAUAAGAUGCAGAGAGCUGUCUGUCCCGGGAUGGCGGGACUCUGCGAUGCCAUGCGGCCAGUCGACGGCUCCAAACUGCUCGAGUUUCUCAUUAAGACCAACUUUACUGGUGUCAGUGGAGAGAACAUCUACUUCGAUGAGAACGGCGACGCACCGGGAAGUUACGUGAUCAUGAACUUUAAGAAGAUGGGGAAAGACUACUAUGACUACAUUACCGUGGGCACCUGGGAUAUCAGCGGCCUGCAGAUAAACGACGACGAAAUCUGGGCAAACAAAGAGAGCAUCAUUAAGUCAGUCUGCAGUGAGCCGUGUGAUAAAGGACAGAUCAAGGUGAUCCGUAAAGGUGAGGUGAGUUGCUGUUGGACCUGCACACCCUGUAAGGACAACGAGUACGUGUUCGACGAGUACACCUGCCGAGCCUGCGAACUCGGAUUCUGGCCUACCGAUGACCUCACAGGUUGUGAGCCAAUUCCUGUGGAGUAUCUGCAUUGGGGCGACCCGGAGCCGGUCGCCGCGGUGGUUUUCUCCUGCCUCGGCCUCCUGGUGACGUUCUUCGUUGCAGCUGUGUUUGUGGUGUACCGUGACACACCCGUGGUGAAGUCCUCCAGUCGUGAGCUCUGCUACGUCAUUCUGUUCGGGAUCGGCCUGGGCUACAUCUGCACCUUCUGCCUGAUCUCAAAACCUUGCAUCGUUUCCUGCUUCCUGCAGCGCCUCGGCGUGGGCCUGGCGCCCGCCCUGAGCUACUCAGCUCUCGUCACUAAAACCAACCGCAUCGCUCGCAUACUGGCAGGCAGCAAGAAGAAGAUAUGCACCAAGAAGCCGCGCUUUGUUAGCUCGUGCGCGCAGCUAGCCAUUUCAUCCUUCCUGGUCAUGGUUCAGCUGGGAAUCAUCGUCACGCUGCUCGUUCUGGAGCCACCGGACGUCGUCUUUCACUAUCCGUCCAUCCGAGAGGUCAAGCUCAUCUGCAACACUAGCACCCUGGGCGUGGUCACGCCGCUUGGCUACAACGGUGUGCUCAUUCUUAGCUGCACCUUCUAUGCCUUCAAGACACGCAACGUGCCGGCGAACUUUAACGAAGCCAAGCACGUGGCGUUCACCAUGUACACCACGUGCAUCAUCUGGCUGGCGUUCGUGCCCAUCUACUUCGGCUCGGAUUACAAGAUCGUGACCAUGUGCUUCUCCGUCAGCCUGAGCGGCACCGUGGCACUCGGCUGCAUGUUUGCGCCCAAAGUCUACGUCAUCUUGGCCAAGCCUGAGCGUAACGUACGGAGCGCCUUUACCACCUCGACAGCAGUGCGCAUGCAUGUGGGGCGGGGCAAAAAGACGCCGCCUCCCACCAGCAGCCUUGCCAACCUGUGGAAGAGACAGCCCUCGUCCGGGGACACGCUCAGCUCUAACGGUAAAUCAGUGACAUGGGCUCAGACGCAGCGCAACUCCAAAGGUGGCCACUUGUGGCAGCGUCUCUCCUUCCACAUCAAAAAGCGUGAGAACAACCAGACGGCCGUGAUCAAGCCUUUCUCCAAGGCGUCGGAGGAUGUGCUGCCUGAAAGCGCUACCGAUAAAAUGCUUUACGAAGUGGCGGAGAGCGAGGAGCGAUAUCCGAUUACGUAUCGGUCUCAGACACCGUCACCGAUUAGCACCGUGAGUCAGCGGACAGGAGAAAUUCUAGGGCGGAGCCAAGGCCCUGAUGAUGAACAGAUCAUUAGCGUUUCCACGUACGUCAGUCAGUCGUCCCGCAGAGAAAGUGGAUCGUGUGCAGGAGGGGGAGGAGCCGGCGGGGGCGUGGUUGUUAGCGGAGCCACGGGAAUCGGACCAGGAGUCACUAGCUCAUCUCAGGGCUCGCUAAUGGAGCAAAUCAGCUGCGUUGUGAACCGUUUCACAGCUAAUAUCAGCGAACUAAACAGCAUGAUGCUUUCAAAUUCACCGCCACGCACUUCUAAAGUCCCGCCCCCUUUCUUCCUGUCCCGAGACAUGUCCAUGCCUGCCACCAUGACCACCUACGCUGAAAUUCAACCCCUUCCACCUGUGGAGUCGAACGGGGGUCGUCCAACCACUUCCUGUCCCCUCGGAGGUCCUCCGGGAGUCAAAGAGAAGAUAUUGGAAACGACGGUCCAAGAGUCCCAGCCUUCGAAAGGAGAGAUGGAGGAAAUCCUUGCGCUAACGCCCCCUUCGCCAUUUAGAGAUUCUGUGGCAUCAGAAAGCGUCUCGAAUUCUCCAGCGUCUGGAUCAUCCCCUAAAUACGAGUGCUUGGUACUGCGGCACUACAGCCAGAGCUCCUCGUCCUUAUAAGGACCUUGGACACGAGAAAGUGUCGAGAAUAUUAAUUCAAGAUAUAAGAUAAUGGUUCUCCGGUGUGUGUGUUUACAUGUUGUCGCUGUGGAAUUUGGAAAACAGCCAGAGCUGGUCGUCCUUAAGUGGACUGCAGAGACAGAACGGAGGGUGAAAAUAAUAAUAAUAAUAAUAAUAAUAAUAAUAAUAAUAAUAAUAAUAAUAAUAAUAAUAAAAGCUGAGCUUGGUGAAUAAGAGGAUCUCAGCGAUGAGAAUAGGAGGAAGAAGGAUGAGAGUAUUCAGAUGAGAACUGAUGAAAGAGGAGGAUAAAGUGAAAAAUCAAUGAAUAGCAGCAUCCCAGAGGACGUAACACAAACAAACACAAGCGCAGGGCCCUAAGACCUCAGACUCAGGCAAGAGGGAUGGUGCGACGCCAAAACGAUGAUCAGUAUCUCUAAAGAAAAGACACGAGGGAAUACGUACAGUAUGCAGUGUUUAUUCUGCAUACAUGUUUGUGCCUUUCACUUGAGAACGAGAGAAGGAUUUUACAAAAACGAGUGAUUUUAUAGUCGGAAACAAGGCUGCCGUUGUAGAGAUGAAAUGAUGUGCAGCGAGUGCAAGGAGCUGGAACUGAUGGAGGGAUAAAAGUAAUAAAAUGACAAAGGGUGGAAGGAAGGAAGAAGGGAAAACAAGGAAGUUCAGUAAAGGUGGAGAUGGUCAAAAUAAAGAAAGACAAAAAGACAAGAGAAGUAAAAGAAAGAGAAAAGAAAGAAAGAAAGAAAAAGGGAA